AUGUACUCUGAUACGGACAUGGCAAACGCAGACGAGGCCAUGGGAAACAGCCUGAACCCAACGCCCCUGCUCUUCAACGACGUGUAUUUCAGUCGUUGUGAGAAGCCAGUAUCCCCGUCCCCGUCCAUAUGGGCGCCGUUUCCCCGCCUCCCAGCCGAACUGCGUCUGCGCAUCUGGCUGCUUCCUCUUCAACAGCACCGCAUGAUUGAGGUUGAUCUCCACCCUACCGCCGGCGACAACGGUACUUCCCGGUAUGCCGACCGUAACCAUCUCGGUCGGAUUGUCAGCGGCCGGAGCCGGAGCUACACCUCCCGCCUCCGGGGCCGCGGAUCCUAUGUGGCGUCCCUCACCCCACUCCUCCGCGUCAGUCGUGAGGCGAGGGCAGCCGCGCUCAGCUUCUACCACAUACACCUUCCCUUAGGCACAGGGCAAGUCCUAUACCUCAGCUCCGAGUAUGAUGUCGUCUACGUCCGGCCCAGGCGGCCUAAACCUAUUCAUAGCCCGCCGGCGACCGACCCCGAUCCCGAAUUCGGUACCAUCUUCGUCGACUUUUUACACGACGCCCGAGCCCACGAUUACAAGAACCACGGAGUUCGCCACCUCGCCAUAGACAAAGAGAUUCGCCACUACCUGCUCGGCCGGUUUGAGGAGGGCGUGAAUUUGACCCCAGAAAUGCUUCACCCGGCCGCAGCGACGUCAUUUGCCGAUAUCCUCCGCCACAAGCUCCGUUCCCUGCUCUGCGUUGUCGAUUUCCGGGGCUCUACGAGGUGCAUGAGCGCCCCCCCCUUAGGGGGCGGGUGGCGCUGCCACUUCGCCCAAACGUUCCCCCUCCGUCGACGAGGCCGUAUAACAGGGGCCUUCCACUGGCUUCAAACCGACCCGCGACCUGGCGUCGAGCUUGACCUCCGCCAGCUCCCUAUCAAGGAUGAUCCCCAUCUAAUGUUGCGAAACUGGAGGCGCCUAGAGCAGCUUUUCGGAGUGACGAGAGAUCAGCAAGCCACCCGAGAAAACGGGGGCGACCACGGCUUUCGCCUUUAUGUCUGCCCCACCAAGGACUGGGCAAUGGAAACCGAGGCGGAGGCAGUGUGGUCGCGGGACGAGCUGGUGCAGCAUCUCCAAAACGAGGCUGAGGAUUGGGACACGAAGCGCUGGUAUCUCACCCGGGUCUUUGGGGGCACCCACCCAUCUCCAAAGUAUAGCUCUGAGUCUCGAGAGGAGGAGGAAAUAUUUGAGGCGAUGGAGAAGUUGCCCUGCACGGCCAUCGGCAUGUGGCUUUUCCCUGUCGAGGCUUUCCCCCCGCCCACCAUUGCCCAGCUGCUCUCAUUCGACCUUUCGGCCGCCCGCCCCAGUCUGCUUCUAUUUCAGGUUUAA